GAGUUGGAGUUGGAUACUUGUCGGAAUCACUGAGAAAGUGGGAUCGGUUCGCACAGCACAUUUACCUCGAUUCAGGGCUAUUCAUGACCGUCUUGUAAUUUGUCCCCGACGGGUAUUUCUUACUGUGGCGCUUACAAAAAGGACAGUUAUCACCCCCAGUCCUCCUACCUGGUGCGGGGUCAUGCCUUUAGAGACUAAACAUCGAAUUUUGUUACUCUAUGCCUCACAAAGUGGACAAGCGAAAGCAAUAGCUGAGGAAAUUGCUGAGACAGCAGAUGAAAAAGGAUUUUUAGCUGAUCUAUAUUGUGUGAGCCAAAUGGAACAGUUCAGCCUAGAGAAGGAACGUGCUCCAGUUGUUAUAAUCUCCUCUACCACUGGUGUUGGACAAGUACCAGACACAGCCAGGAAAUUUGCACAAGAGCUUAACAGUGAUUUGCCAGCUAACUUCUAUUCGCACAUGAAAUACGCAGUAUUAGCUCUUGGCGAUUCUAACUACACUAAUUUUGCCAAUGGUGGAAGGAUAAUUGAUAAGUGCCUUCAGCAGCUUGGUGCACAACAUUUCUAUGCAACUGGAUAUGCAGAUGAUAGUAUUGGGUUGGAGCUAGUGGUCGAACCUUGGAUUGAAGGUCUUUGGGAUGCAUUGAACGAAUUAUGCCAGGGGCAAAAAGAGGAAGUUAACAGUAUAGAAAACAUAUUGACUAUGAAUGAUGAUUCAACAGCAGACAGGAGUUCUGAGUUGACAGAUAUUGAAUUGUUGAAGUUAGAAGCAAAUGUCCCACCAACAGCUAAAGAUUCAGUUAAUUCACCUGUGGGUGUUGAACAAAAUUCUAUAGUAGCAGGAUUUCAGGAAUGUUGUCAAGUGCCAACCUGGGUACAAUCUGAAAAGCCCUUGUCAGAAAGUGCUCUGAAUAUUCCUUCACUGCCAGCAGAGUAUCUGAAUGUGGAGUUUCAGGAAAGCACAGAACAGGUCUGCCAACAAGAAUGCUUCUCAUUGGCACCAGGUGUCACUCUGUUUCAGGUUCCAGUGACUAAAGCAAUUUCUCUAACCCGGGAGGAUGCAGUGAAAACUGCCUUAUUCUUGGAGCUUGAUAUUUCAAAAACCUCAAUGACGUAUGAACCUGGAGAUGCUUUCAGCAUUAUAUGUCCUAAUAAUAAGAGUGAGGUGGAAGAACUAAUUCAGAGGAUUGGACUUGCAAACAAGAAAGACCAUGUGGUUGAAAUAAGCAUUAUACCAAACAAUAAGAAAAAAGGUGCUCACCUGCCUGAAUACAUACCGAAAAAAAGCACACUGCAAUUCAUUCUGACUUGGUGCCUCGAGAUACGAUCAGUUCCCAAAAAGGCAUGUUUGCGAGCUUUAGCUGAACACACCUCUGAUUCUUUUGAGAAACGGAGACUCCAAGAGCUGAGUAGCAGACAGGGUGCUGCGGACUACACCCGGUAUAUGAGAGACCAUAAUAUUUGCCUACUUGAUAUCCUUCGUGCCCUUCCAUCAUGUCAUCCACCGCUUAGCCUACUAUUAGAACAUUUACCAAAACUGCAAGUUAGAUCCUAUUCAGCAGCCAGUUCACCCAAGUAUCAUCCUGGUAAACUUCACUUUGUUUUCAAUAUUGUGGAGUUCCCCUCCUGCCCGGAGAAGCCUGUAGAUCGAAGAGGAGUAUGUACAGGUUGGCUGGCAGAGCAAGUUACACCAAUGCUUCAAAACUGUGAGAACGAAACUAUAAUUGGUGACUGUUUGUCGAAUGGCUUUGAAUUGCCACAGGCAUCAAUCUUCAGUCAGCAAAACCCAUUUUUCCAUCUACCUGCUGUUACGGCAGCUCCUAUUAUCAUGGUGGGUCCUGGAACUGGGAUUGCUCCCUUCAUAGGUUUUCUGCAACACAGACAAAAACAAAAAGAAGAAAAUCCUGACUCUGUUUUUGGUGAAACUUGGCUAUUUUAUGGCUGCCGACAUCAUGACCGAGAUUAUCUGUUUCGAAAUGAGUUAAAGGGCUUUCAAGAUAAUGGCACAUUAACACAGUUGAAAGUCUGUUUCUCAAGAGAUCUACCCAAGGAUACAACAGCAGGAAAUCCAAAAUAUGUUCAACAUCUACUUCAUCUCUUUGCUGAAGAUGUCACAAAAAUGUUGCUGGAUGAAAAAGGUUAUUUCUAUGUAUGUGGAGAUGGCAAGAAUAUGGCUAAAGAUGUGGCCAGUUCUCUGACUCAGAUUGUAUCAGAAAAGCUGGGCGUGGAUACUUUGGUUGCCAUGAAAAUUUUGGCCGACUUGCGUGAAGAGAAACGUUACCUACAGGAUGUCUGGAGUUAACUGCAACUGGAGGGGAAAAUAUAAGUGGAAAAAAACACUUUCCACAGAAAUUGCUUCACAGUUUUAAAUGCUAGUUGUUUGAAGGAAUGUUAAAAUAAGACCUCUCAUUGCCAAAGUGCUUGUGGAAUUUGUUUUUGAAUAGUUGGCACUAACCCUUAUCAAAGAUAGUGAGGCAAUGCUCUUUAUUUUGAGGGACAUUGCUCUGAUGUUAUUGUGAAACAAAUUACAGGAAGUGGUCUCAACACCACCUCACAUAAUCUGCUUUUAUGAUGUUGUUAAGUAUCAAUGGGAAUUUCUGCUGUGUGAUCUUUUGAGCUU